CCUGGGAACCCUGUCCUGGAGCCAUGGGGCCCACCUAGCCCCUACUUGCCCCGAUGUCUCAGCCCGGGGACUGCUGACCUCGGCUGCUGGGGGAGCACCCCCCACGCUCCUAUAUCAGCCUCAGCAGCCGGAGACCCUGGGUGAGGCCCUGGGCCAGACCUGCAGACCAGGGCAGCCUCCCACACCUCACUGCCCUUACCUGCCUCCCCCUCCUCCACCCCUUUCUCCUCCUCCCAGGACUGGACCAGAAAAGCCACUGUGGCCACUGGGGGGGCCCUGCCCCCCCCAGAUCUUGCCGGCCGCCCCUAGGAGUCCACGGGGCGGCCGGGGUCCCCAUCAGGCCUGGCUGGACCAGGAUGCUGCCCCCUGUCCUCCACCUCGGCCCCACCCAUCACUCCCACCCACCCAAACGUUCAGUCUGGCUGGAGAAAGCCAGAUGCCCGCUGACCCUGGGCCUGAGGCGGGCAGUGGCUGGCCAGGCCUCCUCAUGUCCUGCCUGAAGGGCCCCCAUGUCAUCCUCAAGAUGGAGGCCAUGAAGAUCGUCCACCCUGAAAAGUUCCCUGAGCUACCAGCGGCUGCCCCCUGCUUCCCACCUGCUCCCCGACCCACUCCUACUCUGGCUCCCAAGCGUGCCUGGCCCUCAGACACAGAGAUAAUUGUCAACCAGGCAUGUGGGGGAGACAUGCCUGCUUUGGAAGGGGCAUCCCACACCCCACCCCUGCCACGGCGGCCCCGCAAGGGCAGCACAGCAGAGCUGGGCUUCCCCCGAGUGGCGCCAGCGGACGAGGUCAUUGUUAAUCAGUAUGUGAUCCGGCCUGGACCUACUGCCUCAGCAGCUCCUUCAGCAGCAGCAGCAGUGGGUGGUGAGCCCUUGGAAUGCCCCACCUGUGGGCACACGUACAACGUCACCCAGCGGCGUCCUCGCGUGCUCUCUUGCCUGCAUUCUGUAUGUGAGCAGUGCCUGCAGAUUCUCUAUGAGUCUUGCCCCAAGUACAAAUUCAUCUCCUGUCCCACCUGCCGCCGCGAGACUGUGCUCUUCACUGACUACGGCCUAGCCGCUUUGGCUGUCAACACGUCCAUCUUGAGCCGUCUGCCUCCUGAGGCGCUGACAGCCCCUAGUGGUGGUCAGUGGGGGGGUGAGCCUGAGGGCAGCUGCUAUCAGACCUUCCGGCAAUACUGUGGGGCUGCGUGCACCUGCCAUGUGCGGAACCCACUGUCCGCCUGCUCCAUCAUGUAGUGGCCCCCUGCCCACUGCUGCCUGCUGGUCCUUGCUCGUCGCUUCUUCAGGGACCUGGCCCUGCCCUGCCAACCUGCUGACCCUUCCUUGCCCACUGUGGCUUCUGGCCACACCCUGCGUGGCACUGUCGCUGCAGUCAACAUUGCCAUUAAAACUCUUUGCCAAAGUUCCCACCUGU